CACAGAGAGCUCUGAGGAACGUGGGGAAGAUUCUUAUCAGAUAAAAUAUGGAAGGAGAGAGUGUGAAGGUUCUGACGGCAAAAGUAUCACCAACCACUCCUACGUCCUCCCUUACAAUCAAUGAGACGGAAGAUACAGAACAACCAGCGAUUCAGUGGCGUGGCUGUGGACGUUUCCUACUCUCAGCUGUCCUCUCUGCCCCCUUGUGGGGUUGUGGUACCCAUACUGCCUCAUUCGCAGUGGAGGAUGGAUGGAGCCCUGUGUUCUUGGCUUGGCUGUGCAGUGUCACAUCAGUCUUGGCCACUAUUUUGUGGUGCAUUAUUACAUGUGGACGUGGUGAACAAAGAAACAGCAAGACACAGACAAUUCCAUAGUCCAAGGGAGCCCUUCUAUAGCCAUGGAGAAGCCGUAUUUUUCCCUCUAGACACAAUGGACGUCCCGUUGUCACCACAGCCUGGCUGGAAACUCGGUCCUCACUCCGUGACUGCUGUGCUGGUCAUGAAAAGAAUCCUUCCAAUCUGUAGUUUGUCUCUGCUUGCCCGCUCCCUCUACUUUCUUGCAUUACGCAGCCUGUGCACUUCAGAAGCAGCUGCUCUUUAUUCCUGCAACAAGGCUUUCUGUUACCUCCUCUCCUGGACCAUACUAAGGGAUCAGUUUUUGGGGACCAGAGUUGUUGCUGUGAUUUGUUGUAUGGCCGGGGUGGUGAUGAUGUCCUAUGCAGAAAGACCUGAAGAGGAGGCACAAAAUGGCCAAAUUCUGGCACUCUCUGCAGCGGUUGUGACUGCAUUUAAUGAGGUUCUGUUCCGUCUUCUUAUUGGUAGACUAAACAGUCAGGAAUCGGCUAUAUUCCUGGGGCUGUGUAGCAUCUGCAGCAGCCUUUUCCUGUGGUGGAUUCCUCUUUUAAUAUAUCUGCAGCAACCGAUCGAGGUCCCUGAGCUAUCAGCAGCUCCAUCCAUGGAAUACCUUAGUGUAACAGUAAUCCUCUUCUUCUUAUUUCAAUUCAUGGAGAAAAUAGGAGUUCAGUUCUUUCCCACAUCUGGAGUGUCUCUUGGUAUCUUUCUGAGCGUGGCAGUUAUAACAGCUGUGGAUCACCGAUGGGAAGUUCCUUCUACUGGAAAGUUGAUGGGGAUAUUGGCUAUUGGUAUUGGAACAGUGUUGGUCAUCGUACCAGAAAACUGGGAGGAGUAUCUUGGUUUAGAAUUUAGUGAGCAGUUCCAUCAAGAAGAUAUUCCUGAGGAGACCAAAAGCAAGAGUAGCCUCUCAGCACUUUAAUCCACAUUUCGGAUGCUUCUACAAUAGGACUGAACUAUUUAACAUUUGUAACCUUCUUUAUGUCAACAAAUAAACAGAAACGAACCUACAUUUAAUGUAAAUUGCUACAUAGCAUGAUUGAAGAAAAGAAAUAUGUCCAUCACGUUCCACCAAAGAUUGUGGGUACCGUUAGAACCUUGUUUCCCCAUGUUUGAUUCAGAGUAAGGGAAGAGAACCUCCAGU